CCGUUUGAUACCCUUUUGUUCGAUUCACGCACACUGCUGCAGAACGCUGUUGGCUGUCAAACUUCGUACGAAAUUUGACAGCUUCGGCUGUGUGUGCUGCGGUGGCUCAGCGAUUUAUGCUGCAUGGACACUAGUUUCCCUUGCACUAUCUCACCACAAAACAUAAACAAUUGCUCUACAGCUCGUUAGCCAAGCGAAGACAACAAUUAUUUCCAAGUUAUAACAAACAUUCCUAACACAAAACAUGCUUACGGUGUACUGUAGGCUUUGUUUGAAUCCUUCGCAGUUGAACGAAAUCGUGUCGUUGUUUGCUACAUACAAAGGCUUUUCUAUAUGCGAUGCGUUGCUGGAUUUGUUUCAAAUUAAGAUACUGCCCACGGAAACGUUAUCCAGCAUAUGUAAGCAAUGUGUAGCCAAGGUGUGUACUGUACGGGACAUCCGAGAAGAAUUUAUCACACAGGAUCGCAAAUAUCAGCAAAUGAUAAGCGGUUCUAGUGAAGAAGAAUCGCCCCAAACUGAGCAACAAAAUGCUCCCAAAGACACUGACGCGGAACCUCCACCCAAGGCUGCCGGAACCACCGAAGAACAAGAGCUUGGCCAAGCCGAAGAUAUCAAAAGUGUCGAAUGUUUGGAAUUAAGCGAAGUUAAAGAAAACAUAACAACGGACAAUGGGGACAGUAAUUCUAUCAUUUGCUAUGUAGAGCAAUCAAAUGAUACGGACGGACAGGAGACGCCAGAGUCCGAUUUUGAAGUGAUGCUAAUACCCGGAAGUCCUGGAAAAUCACCGAUUCGAUAUGAAAUAUCCGGAUGCCCUGUACAAGAUAACUGUAGCAGCGAAGAACUGGAUGUUUUUGAACCAAAAAUCAAAGAAGACAACCAUCCAGAAUACUGUGCAUAUACGGAGGACACUUCCGAGCCAGCAGUAGCGCACGACGGAAAAGAAAUGGUAAAUAGUACGAACUUGUACGUUUGUGAAUGGUGUGAGAAUUACUACGACACAUGCGAUGCGUACAUGGCGCAUGUAUGUCCGAAACGGUCGGAAGGUACCGAAGUAAACGAAAGCCAAAUCAAAAAGCGACGGAUUGUGAGUAGGUCCAACGCAAAAACCCUUGAAAAAGCGAAAAAACGAACGGAGGUUCAAACUAACAUCAUCUGUCCACACUGCUCAGCUGUGUUCCACAAGGACAAACAGUUGCUUCGGCACGGGAAGACAAAGCAUCCGGAUCAGUUUCAGGUUAUCUGCUGCAAUGAAUGCAACGACGAGUUCGCUACCUCUAAUGCCCUGGACGAACACGUCUGGUUAAAACACAGAACCGGUUAUCAGUGUAAAUUUUGCAAGAAGAAACUACCGAACACAUUCGCCUUGGAAAGCCACGAAAAUGUACAUACCAAGCGGCAAACGUUCAGCUGCUCGGUGUGUAAUAAAAUGUUUUCCCAGUACACCAGUUUGUGGCGCCAUAAGUUGAUACAUAACGAUAUAAAGGCAUACGAAUGUGAUCUAUGCCAGCGACGGUUCCGUCAACGAACGGUGAUGCUAGCGCACCGUUUGAUACACACCGGUGAGAAACCGUACAUAUGCGAGAUUUGCGAUCGAUCAUUCCGAGAUCGCAGUACACUGGCAAGGCACGGGCAAACACAUACCAAACUAAAAACGACGAGGAAAAGGGAAACAUGGAAUUAACUGCAGAUUGAAAUUGGUUGUAUUUGCGGGGUUUGCAACACCUGAUUGAUUGUUGCAUCCAUUCCAUGGACAAAAGUUAGUAUUCAAUCUCAUUUUAAAGCCAAAUCAAUUUAUUUUCGUUUUAAUAAGAUCAUAAGCCCAGACAGUCAGUUAGAAUCCCGAACGUUGGGAAGUUUUUAGUCCCAAUUUCAAUAGGGCAUAGGUCAAACAAAUACAAAAACCAAUCGUUUUGUAGCUUCUAAUUGGAUGCUAUUAUGUACUUUUGAAUUACUUACCAAAUAAUAUACAUUUGUUUGAAUACUCUAAAUUUUCUUACAUUUCUUAAAACUCCUCUCGGUGAAACAAGAGAAUAAAAUUCAGAAAAAUGCAUAAUGUCAAAUCGUGCAUAUAUGUAAUAAAAUCAUUUCAUUUUUAUAUAACAAAAAA